CUAUUUGUGAUUCUGAAUGUAAACAAGCUUACAACUUACGAUGCGUCCGCAUAAAUUCAAGCUCCCAUGUGAUGUGGACAGUUUUUUGCAGACCGACAAGAAGGUAGUAAUUAUCUCAGUGUUCGGUAAAUCUCAGUAUCGAGCAAAAGGAUGCAAGACAAAUAUGCUGAGUUCUAUACUCCAGUUGAGUCUCCUGGAUGAACCAGAGAUAGAUCAGCAGUCGGGAUGUGAAAUUGAGGGAUAUUAUAAUCCUAAAGAGAAGACAGUUUGCCUGAAUUUAAGAGGAUUCCUGGAUGCUCAUACGCUUCUGGCCGAAUAUGAUAAGUUCACGGAGAAGCAGGACUGCAAGGAUUUUCUCAGUAUUUGGGCACAUAUGAAAGAUAAAUAUGCGAGAGCACUCCUAGUGUUAUUUCAUAUAUCUCAUAUAAUGGUGCUUACUCAUCCAACACAUACCUUUGACUACAGUUAUGUGCAUUUAUUUCGUGCUAUGGACAUAGUCAGGCAAAAGAUUUCUCCCCAACUUUCUGAUGUAUUAAGCUGCAUUCAUAGUCUACCCAAAGAUUGGAUCUCGAAUGCCAGACCCUGUUCACCACGGGUAUUAUUUUAUUUCGAAACCUGCCCUGCAGUAUUUCAAAAUCCAGAUAAUGAGGCUAAUAUUAAAAAACUAGAGCAUUCCCUGGAAGAUCAAAUUUACCAUGUAUUAAGGAAAAAUAGGAUUGUUACAAAUAUUAGCUCAAAUUCCUUGUUUGCGAUACCAGCUAAUCAAGAAUUUGUGUAUGUGCAUACCGGAAAUACAGACUCAAGGGAUAUGUUGGGUUACAUGGCGAGAAAGUUAAUACAAAGUUGUAAAACCAGUUCCAAUGGCACAACAUUGAGAAGCCUCAGUAAUCUAGAUUCAAACCCUAUCAUAGUGGAUGACACCGAGACUGAGACUCACAUGUUUAGAUCGUUUAUACAACAACAUAUAAAUUUGGCUUUUGCAAGAGGAUUCGAUGAUAAUGUUAGCCGACACUCUAUACCGGCCCAUUUUGAGAUACCUACUUUAAACAUAUUUUGCCAAGUAGCAAACAAAGUUUUCGAUUACUUUAUUUAUGGAACAGAUAAAGAACUGUUGACGCUUCACAAUUUAUUAGAUACUGAUGUGAAAUUUAGUAAAAGUCGAUGUAGCAAAGUACUUCCGAGAGCUUUACAAGCAUAUCAAGAGAACUUGCCGCAGCAUUAUACAAGAGCGUAUCACGAGUCGAAAUUAGCACAUGCAAUGGCAGUCUUUGAAAUGCAUGCCCGCGGUCCAUUGUUCGAGGAAUUUAAUGAGAAAUUACAAGCUGAAUGUGACAAGCAUUGGCGAGCUGGUCGACAAAUGUGCGAAGUGUUAUCACUCACCGGUCAUCCUUGUACGAAUCCUAUUCACAGAGGAGGUAGCGAAGGUGCGGGAGGUGGAGAACAAACUGAGCCCAGAGAGGACGACAGUGAAUUACCUGUUAGAGAGCAUUGCAGUGGCGUGAGAUAUGUAUGCGCUUGCAAUUGCGGCAGGGUCCAAGGCUCGAGAGAAGAUCCCUUCAGUCUGAGACAGGCGAAUCACGACUAUUUUCAAAUGUUAGCGAAACAAUGCGGUUGCGCACAACUAGAAAGCAUACAGUUCCCCGUGUUUCAACCCAGCACACAUAACUAUAGAGCAGCGCAGUUAUUUUCAGCAACGAAACAUCAUGAUUCCUUCAGUCGCAAUGGAUCUUCCACACCACAAGACACGCAAGCUUGUAGUUUAGGAACCGAUACUUUGAAUGAUGAAAAUACAGAUUAUGGUAGCGGUGGUCAAUCGUCGGCAACGAGCGACCCGAUAGAAGGAGAUAUUCCGAGAUUAAGCAAUAAAACAAGUCUGACGCCGAGUGACUCGCACAAAGUUGUUAUAGAAGUCAUUGACAGCGAUGCAGAAAACUCUAAAGACAAAUCUUUGGUUAGACAACCAUCUACGACAGAAUAUCUACCUGGAAUGUUACACACUGAAUCACCGGCCGGCUUGCUGCCGCAAUUCUCCAAUUGGUCUCUGGUAUGCCUUGGACCGAGUAGUCUUUACUCUCACAAUUUGGGAUUGCAGCAUCAAAUCGGAGUAUUCCCUACCUCCGCAUUUUUACUACCAUGGGACGUGACUGUUAGACUGGAGCAUCAGAAAGAACGAAAUCCACUGUGGCCGCUAGUGGGCGAUCACGGAGGUUAUUGCCCACGAGGAGGCAAGAAUUUCCAAAAUAUGAACGCCAUACGUGGUCGUAAAUCGAAAGGAGGCAAGGAAUUCGUGGUGAAAAUAUUUGUCGGGGUGGAAUACGAGUGUCCGCGUGGACAUCGCUUUAUGGCGUCUGCACCCGAUAAGGUAUUAAAAGCGACUGGAAAUGGCAUAGUGAAAGACAGUGGAAACAAAGUGACGUCGAGCACCGCUGAUAUGCCUCUAUACUUUCCUUGCCCUUGCAGACAAACUAAACCCUUAAUCGCUCAGCUGAUGAGAAUUCAUGUAGUGACACCUAAAGCGCCAGUGCACGUCACGUUGAACCCUCGAGUUCAACCUGGUCCUCCACCUUGCCCAAUAUUCGUCACUGGAUGUGAGGAACCGAUCAAGCUUUCCCAGAGUGCAUAUUGGAUCUUGAGAUUGCCAUAUGUAUAUAUGGGCGAGAAGGGACCGUAUUUACCACCCAAGGAACCGGUACCUCCAGCUCACGGGCGUUUGUUAGCUGGUAUGUACGGCAUCAGCGAGGUUGUGCCAGAGAAGAAAUGAAGAGGCGACUGAUAUACAAAAUAUAUCAUCGAAGAUAUCGUCGUAUAUAAUACAAGUGCGUAUGUGUUUCAAAAUAACUGUGCGUUGGAAAAUAAAUUACUUAGUUUACAGUUUGUGAA